GGUCGCUCCUUCCCGCCUGAGAGGACACUCAUGAGAGGACAAAUCACUGGUACUGUCUUGAUCAAUUCUCUUGAUUCUCAUCACCUUUGUCACCUUUGAUGGAAUCACCUUGAACCUCGAUCGAGUCACUUGAUUCUUCUCGUUACUUGUUUCACCUUGAAUCUUGCCCCCAUCAACAAAACUUCCUUGCCAGCCUCUCUCACAGACAGACCUUUCUACCUUUCCUGACAAUGGAGGACGACCAAAACUACGAUUCCUCCGACUUUGAGGAUCUCCCACCCAUUGAAGAACCCUCCGAUCGGCACAAAAAUGCCGGGAAAAAAAUGAUUGAUGAUAUGAUUGUGAAUCUGGCAUAUGACAGGAAGAACUCGAAGCGAGCUGCACGAGCCAUUCAGUAUCAAUACGGAGCAGCUUCCUCUCUGGUGAACCAAAGACGGAUCGAGAACACAGCCAAAUCAUUCCUACUAGGAAUUGGCAAAGAUCCCGAAAAAUGUCCUACUGGGGAAGACCUCCUUCGCUUUGCAGUUACUGUAGCAUCCCGUGUCAAGACCCGGAUUCGUGGUAAAAAGAUUGCCUCAGUCAACUCAGUCAAAGCUUGGAUCCUAGGUUUUCUUACCUAUGGAACUUUCAAGUGGGGAAAGGAAUUCAAACAGCAAGUUGAUGUACAAUUACAUGUGAAGAUCAAGGCUUAUCUUGAUCAAGAAGUCAAGAAUGGUAAUCUCUACCGCGGGAAAUGGUAUCAACAAGCUUGGCUGGGUUUCAUGACCAUGAAGGUCAUGACGACAAAAUACCUAGACGCUGCUCUCCGCAAUGGAUGUCGCUCCUGGGACAUUGUCAUUCUCAAAGUACUCGCUCUAUCUCUUCAGUCUGCUUGUGGUACUCGAUCAGGGGACAUUGGUCGAGCAGGUCACUAUCAAGGUCAAGAGUAUAUGCAGUGGAAAGACAUCACCCUUACUUUGCCGCAUGACAAGGCCAGUUUCCAAGAUUUGCGCUGCAAGGUCGUCAUUCAGUAUGAAAAAUCGUACAAGUUGACCAGAGGCCGUGAUCGUACCGUCUUCUUCGAACCUCUCUCGGAACCUGAACACUAUCCAGUAUGCGCCAUUCGAUUACUAUUGAUACAUGCUCUCCGCCAUGGUCUAUGCCACGGACAAGACCUUCAGGCAGUCUUAGAACACACCUUGGCAACUCCAGAUCGAACAGUGGUCUGGAAGCAACCAAACUUGCCCAUUAUCUCUGCUCAGACUUGGCCUCGUCCAGGCUUUCUGAACCUCGAAAAGCCCGCACAUAAAGGAUUCUUCAAUCAAGCUGUUCGAUCAAUGGCGCUCGUGUCUGGGAUCGUCGAACGUGUCACAUCUCAUCACAUCCGAGCUGGUGUUGCUCGUGAUGUUGCAAAUUUGGCAGAGCCCAUCUUGGGUAUCGAUGGAGAUGGACCUCGACAAGCCUUAGGGCAUACUCGGAAGUCUACUGCUGGUGGAAUCACAGGAGAUUACGUAGGACCUAACCAGACCAGGUUCUUCAAUCGAAGAGCCGAAUCCGACUUCAAGGAUGAUCUGGCACCGACGAUGGAUCCUACAAAGAUCAAGUUUGCCGGCUCCUCUGGGGUUCGACCACCACUCAAAGCCAUGUCUGUCAAUAUCGGCCACAAAAUCACCUCAGGUGAUUCGAUGAAUCAAGCAACUACAGGUCCUCACAGCAACAAACGCCCGGCGAGUUCCUCUGAUGAUUUGCAGCCAUCGAGUAAAGCAUCAAAGUUGACCAUCGAACUCCCCUUGGACCCGAACUUGGACCCUAUGCUCUUUGAAAUGGAAAAAGCUCUCGACGACGACAACGAGUAUCACGUUCGAGAUGAGGACAUCGCAGAACUGCAACAGAUCUUACAGCAGUCGACCGGAAUCACUGCCAUCACUGAAGAUUCUCAAGGGCCCCUUGAAGAGGAUAGUGGAGAUGAUGAUAUCGAAGUCACCACCACAGAUGCUGACGGUACUCAUUCAAUUCACGCCUCAGCAACUUCUCUCGCCAUGCAAUCUUUAUGGGAUGACUCCAACACAGAUCACCACCCUUUAUGGCCUAUUGAUGGCAAUGCGUUUGUCGAUCAUCUGGCAAAAGUCAACGUUUUCCGCAUUGAAACACACUUCGACCGAAGCGAUGAGGAUGUCGUUUCGAGAUACGUGGCCAGUGGAAACAGUCGAGCUCCCCCAAACCCUUUCGAGAUGCUCUGUCGACGAGGCUGUGGCAGAAUUUGUUUCUUGCAAAGUGAGCUUAAAUUGCAUGAAGUCAAUUGCAAAGGGGAACUCGUUGUGGAGGACUCGGAAGCUUUUCCAUGCCCCGAAGAGGAUUGCGCUACGAUUCUCUACAGCAAAGACACACUCCGCAAACAUCUAAAGCUCAUACAUCACUUCCAACCAAAGACCUGUACACACGGAUGUGAAGAUGGUCAAAUAUUCAACACUGCUGCCGAGUGGCAAGCACAUCUUAUCAAUGUUCAUGAUGACUAUCAACCGAUCAAAUGCCCGCUAAUGACCGACUGUCAUUCUGACCAAGUUUUCAAGCGUCGAACAUCUCUCAGGACCCACCUGACUGUUCAACAUCAUUUGACAUCCGAUCAAAUCAAAAUUCAUCUUCCCGGCAAAGCUGGCAGUCAAGACGAGCCAUAUCGUGAGACACGUUGCAUCAUUGAAGGGUGCAAUUGUCUUACUGUGUUCAAGCAGCCAUGCUACUUACGUCACCAUUUGAGACACGUCCACAAAAUGACCAGAGGUGAUAUUGACAGUCUUGUUCCUGUUGGUCCAACUGGCCAGUUCCGGGCCAAGCCAGAAGACUAUGAUCCCACGGCAACAGCAAAGGAGAUUCCGAGGACGCCAUGCCCUCAAGCUGACUGCAAAUCAACGGGAAAAGGAUUCAAAUGCGCUGGCGAUCUUCGAACGCACUUGACCAAUUCUCAUAAGCUUGACGUUGAAGAGGCAACAAGGGUGGCUGAGGAGCUGUUUGGGAAGAAGAUACAGACGAGAGCCAUGAGGAAGAAGCAGGCUCGGGAGCCGCAAAAGUGUCCAUUAGACCCUACUCAUCGCCGGACCCAUACAGUACCCGGCACUUUGAAGCAACAUUUGAUCGCAUCACAUCAUUAUUCAAAGGAGGACGCUCAUGCCGAAGCCGAGAGAGUGUUUGGUCAUCCCUUCGCCAGCUCGAACAGGAGAUAAAAUGGGAAGACUAUACCUCAGGACAAGUCAACCGACGAUCCCUGACUUGCAGAGGUACUGGAAUGAAAGCUCAAAACACAGAUGCAAAGGUCUCAGGAAUAAAUAGGAAAUAGGUAGGC